GUCCUAGUGGGAGAGGGUGUGAGAUGAGUUAGGAGGCUGGGACCUCUCCGAGAGCAUUAUCUAUUGGGGGGUGGGAUGGGGAGUGACACCUAGCCCACCCCAUAUCCCUGUUUCUCAACCUCCUCCAGAAGUCCUAAAUCCCAGUAAGGGCCCAUACAGCUGGGGUACCAGUUUAAGGAGGCACAGGGGCACUACCAGAAGGUAGUGCAGAGUUCGCCUGCCCCCUAACAUACAUUGACCUUUUAAAGGAAACAGCAGCUUAAAGGCACCCUUGCCAGGCUGCCCUGCUAUGGUUCAGGGAAAUUAGAUGGGCGCCAUAGGAACCUGCCGACCAAGCACAGGCUGGGGCAUUGGGGCUAGAGUUGCACCCCCUCUGGUGGCCACGAGGGAACCUUGCUCCCUGGGGCGCAACUGCCCCGCCCCUCUCCAACAGGAGCCAAUGGGAGCCCGAGGCCCCGCCCCUGAAUAAUUGGCUCCAAGAGAGUACUUAGGAGCGAGGUGUCCGUGAAAACACUCAGAGCCGGGAGACCCAAGGAGAGAGUGCUGAGAGCAGUACCGGGCGGCGGCCUUAAAUCAACCUGGAGCUGGUGAGCAGAAGCUGCCGGCUGUGCCGGGUCGACUUCGCAUCCUGCCUUGCCCGCCAUCUGCCUUUCAGCGCCACCCACGUUGAGCCAGGGCAGAAGGGGGUGAGUCCCGGAGUUGCGCCCCACGCAGAGCUACCGGUCCCACCCUGGGUCUUCGCUGCCAUGGCCUGGCUGGUGCUGCUGGGCGCACUGCUGUGCACGCUGUGCAUCGGAUCAAGCACCCUGGACUCGGAGACCUUAUUGAGCCCCAUGCCCCAUAACUGCCCCUACAAUUGCACCUGUGCCGCCGACCUGCUGAGCUGCGCGGGCCUUGGGCUGCAGGACGUUCCGGUCGCGUUACCUGCAUUCGCUGCCGACCUCGACCUGAGCCACAAUGCACUCCAGCACCUGCCGCCUGGCUGGCUAACCCCCCUCUCCCGGCUGCGUGCCCUGCGCCUGGGUCACAACGAGCUGGAGGUGCUGAGUCGCGGAGUCUUUAUUAAUGCUAGCGGCCUGCGGCUGCUCGAUUUAUCAUCGAACGUGCUGCGGAGGGUUGGCCGCCAUGACCUCGACGGACUGGGGGCGCUUGAGAUGCUGCUUCUGUUCAAUAACCGCCUGGUGCACUUGGACCAGCUUGCCUUCCGGGGCCUGGGCAUGCUCCGCCGGCUGUACCUCGGCUGCAAUGAACUGGCCACCUUCUCUUUCGACCACCUGCACGGUCUAAGUUCUGCCCACCUCCACACUCUGGAUCUCUCCUCCAACCACCUGGGACAAGUCAGCAUACCCAGCCUGGCAGCGCUGCCGGCCUUUCUCAAGAACGGCCUUUACCUGCACAACAACCCGCUGCCCUGCGACUGCCGCCUCUACUACCUGCUGCAGCGGUGGUACCAGCGGGGACUGAGUGCUGUGAGUGACUUUGCACGCGAGUACAUGUGCCUGGCUUUCAAGGUACCCACAUCCCGUGUUCGCUUCUUUGACCACAGCCGUGUCUUUGAGAACUGCUCGGCUACCCUGGCUCGGGGACUAGAACAGCCUGAAGAGCAGCUCCAAGUGCAGGUGGGUCGGUCUCUGAGGCUGCACUGCAACACCAGCGCCCCUGCCCUGCGCGUUGCCUGGGUAUCCCCACAGCAUGAGCUGCUGGUGGCGCCAGGGUCCCCCAAUGGCAGCAUUGCAGUGAUGGGCGAUGGCAGCCUGGCCAUCAGCAACGUGCAGCCAUGGCAUGAGGGUAUCUUUGUGUGCCUGGCCACUGGGCCCCGCCUGCAUCACAACCAAACACAUGAGUACAACGUGAGUGUGCACUUCCCGCACCCUGAGCCCGAGGCUUUCAACACUGGGUACACCACCCUGCUGGGCUGCGCUGUAGGCCUGGUGCUGGUGCUGCUCUACCUGUUCGCGCCACCCUGUCCUGGCUGCCGCCGCUGCUACCGCCGCACCUGCCACUGCUGGCCCCGAGCACCCAGCCCGCUCCAGGAACUGAGCGCACAGUCCUCGGUGCUCAGCAGCACGCCCCCCGAUGCGCCCAGCCGCAAGGCCAGCGUCCACAAGCAUGUGGUCUUUCUGGAGCCUGGCAGGAAGGGCCUUGACGGUCCUGUGCAGCUGGCAGUCGCUGAGGACUUUGAUCUCUAUAACCCCAUGGGUCUGCGGCUCAAGGCUGCCUCAGAGUCCACUAGCACCACAGGCUCUGAGGGGCUGGUAAUGACCUAGGCUGCCCAGGGCCCCCACCUGGGUCACCGUCUGCCUGCUGCUUGCCCUGCGCCCUGCUGCCGUGCAGAGUACUGCCAGAUGCUGGUGGGAAGCAUGGGCUGGGUCCUCCAGCCUCCGGAGUGAGCCCCCUACUGCACCACAAUAGUCCCACUCGCCAGUCAGGGGUUGGGGCCCCCGACCACCCUCCUGCCUCACCUCAGCACAGGGCUGCCUAUGCCCCCUUUCCUCCGGGUGUGAGGACUGGAACCGAGGCCCACUUGGGACAGUCCAGGGCACCCUCAGGGGCUGAGGCAGCCACCCAGGAGUGGUGGGAAGGGCUGAGGUAUCAGCACUUUCCCCUCCCCAAGGGAGCAGCAAGGGAGUGAGCACCAAGGGAAACAGGGAAGGCUCCGAAGGAAGACCUGGCCCCCACCAGCAGGCUGGAAGGAAGGAACGAGCCCUCCUCUGAUAUAAGCGGACUCCACGCACCAAUAUCCAGCCUACGUCCAGUUUUCCAAAUCCACACAGAGUCCGGUGGGUAGGCAUGAGGCUCCUCCGCAGACUCCUGGGGGGUCUGUCUGAGGCCCAGCCAGGGUGGCCCUGCUCUGAGUCCAGGAGCAUCUCAGGCCACUCUGAGGGCACAGCCUCUCCCAUGGGCUCACAAACAGCAGUAAGGGGCACCGUGGCCCAGCGCCCCCAGCUUUUUAGCAGUAAAAAGCCUGCUGAGCAAUGGCCCAGAUGGGAGGGCU